GGCUUCUAUUAUAUGCUUAUGUUAGUAUGCUUAUGCUAGGUAUCUACUAGAUACGCUUCUCCUAGCAACUCGGAAAGGUUAUGGCCACUAUUUACCUAGUAGUAAUCAGUAGCCGCGGAGAUAGCUCUGCUUCAGUAUAUAUAUGGGUGUAGAGUCGCUAGUCACUCCCUUUCCAUACAUCAUCUCAACGCCUUACGAUAAACACAACAUUUUGUUGGUAGCCAACUUUUGUCACAAUACCGUGCCUCAAAGUUAUAUCCCAACUGAAACUAUCACGAGUCUUCGCGACUAGAAUACACACAAGCAACUCCAGAAUCGAGUUAUCAUAACAUCUCUUUCUCACUCGAAUAACCAACGAACAAUCAUUAUCACACACCCUUUUACCAAGGACUUUCACACCCAUGGACGGAUCCUAUAACUAUACCAUGGAGCUCGGUCCUCCAACACCAAUCCCCCCCGACGAUGGCAAGCUCCAGAAAGUCAUCACCAUGCGACAAUUCACCAUCAUGGCCCUCAGCAGCUCCAUCGGGGCGGGCCUGCUCCUCGCAACCUACUCCAGCCUCGCAGUCGGCGGCCCCGGCUCCCUCCUCGUCUCCUUCGCCGUCGUCGGCUGCGCCGUCUGGGCCACCAUGUGCGCGCUCGGCGAGCUGUCGGCGGCCAUCCCCGUCAGCGGGUCCUUCUACGAGUACUCGGUGCGUCUGAUCUCGCCGGCGUGGGGGUUCGCGAUGGGCUGGAACUACGUGGUCAACUUCGUCUUCAUCAUCGUCUUCGAGCUCGUCGUCAUCCUGCUCUGCGUCCGCUACUGGGACCCCCUGGCGCCGGCGCACUUCGUGCUCCCCUCGUUCAUCCUCGCCCUGGUUCUGGUCAACGCGUUUGGCGCGAGAGGCUACGCGGAGACGGAGAACUUGUUCGCCGCCUGCAAGACGCUCGUGCUGUCGACUUUCAUUAUCGUCGCGCUGCUCAUCACGAUCAGACAAGUUCCCAGCGACAAGCGCCCUGCGGAGGAGGUAGGCAUCAACCUGUGGAAGCAGGACGCGUUCAAGAACGGCGCGUUCGGCUUCCUGUACGUCUUCAUGGCGGCGGGCAUGGCGUACGGCGGCACGGAGAUGCUCGGGCUCACGGCCGCCGAGUGCGAGUACCCCGAGCGCGUGAUGCCGCUCGCGUGCAAGAUCGUGCCCGUGCGCAUCGCCUGGCUGUACCUCCUCCCCAUCCUCAUGCUCGGCUUCGUCCUGCGCGUCCCGCUCACCGAGGCCAUCCAGUCCAACGGCAUCAGCCCCUUCGUCGCCGCCAUGGACCAGGCCGGCCUCCCGGAGCUCGCGUCCGCCUUCAACGGCAUCAUCAUCGUCGCCGUCUUCUCCAUGGCGAGCGCCAGCGUCUUCGCCUCCUCCCGCGCCCUCCAGGCCAUCUCCGCCCGCGGCAUGGGGCCCGCGUGCCUCGCCAAGGUCAAGUGGGGGUACCCGAUGCCGGCGCUCGCGCUCGUGUUCGCCAUCUCCCUCCUCUCGCUCGUCAAGAUCGCGAAGGGCGGCGACAAGGUCUUCGACUGGCUGCUCGCGCUCGCGGCCGGCUCCAACUACUUCACCUGGAUCUCCAUCUGCGCGAGCCACAUCCGCCUGCGCCUCGCGAUCCGCAGGCAGGGGCUGGAGGAGGCCGAGGUGCUUAGGUGGAAGUCGCCGCCCGGGAUCACGGGCAGCGCGCUCGCGAUACUGGUUUUUGGGUUCGGGCUCGUGGCGCAGGUUGUGGCGGCGGUGAGGAGCCCGCUGCCGAAGCCGCCGCAUUUCUUGGCUAGUGUGCUGGGGUGCAUUGUGGUGGUGGUGCUGUGGGCGGGGUAUAUGGUUGUUGUGAGGAGGAGAGGCGGAGGGAGUCCGUUGUUGAUUCCUAUUGGGGAGAUUGAUCUUAAGACGGGGAUGGGGGUGGAGAUGGAGAGGGGGCGGGAGAGGGAUGUGGAGAGGGAUGUUGAGAGUGUUGAGAGUGUGCCGGUGAGUGUGCCGGUGAGCAUGAGGACGGUGAUUAUGCGUUAGGUUUUUUGAACGCCUACCUGGGUACCUGUACUCGCCGAGGCACCUUGGUGGGCAUAUAGUUAGGGGCUAAACAGGAAAGGGGAGAGGGGGAAGCGAGGAGUUUGGUCAUCGGUGGUUGAUGAAUCUACUUAGGCUUAGCUUAGCUAGUACCAACUUGAAGCAUCAAAUUUUAGAGGGUAGCUUUUAAAGUGGUAUAUUAUUCAGCAUCUUCAUAACUAAUUCACUUUCUUGUGCUCGUUUUCGUCUCGAGUUACGCUGCGUUCUCCUUACUUGAGUGCACCUAUUUUCUAGCAUUUAAACAUUUCGUUCGUUGAGUUGGCAAGACACUUCUACCUAUGACUAACGUAAGUAGGCCGGUAGCUCUCCGUGUUCAGAUAGGUUUUUUUU